AGCGUCAGUUGCCAGUUGACCGCAGUACAACGCGGAACCAAGUGCCUAAGCUGAAAUACUCUUUCACGCAUUCCAGGAGUCAUUUCUCCGAAAUCCUGAAUGACAUUUAUUGCGAUAACAGUCAAGUUAUAAGUAAAUGUGAAAAGUGGUGUUGUAAAUUAUGUGCGGAAUCAGCGGUCGAUAGUGAUUUUUUAUCAAAACACGGCAGUACCCAGUGAUGAACAGCCGCUAGCGGACCGAAGACCUCAUCAUGAGUGAGAAGCGAGUGGACCUCGGCGCCGCCAUCGACCGGGCCGGCUCCCCGUUCUUGAGACAGCUGACAGCAGUGACCGGCGUGGUGCUGUACAUGGUGGGCACGGGCGCCAACAUCGCGUUCCCGGCGGUGCUGCUGCUGCAGCUCCGGACCAGCGCCGCUGUCCGGUUGGAGCCGCAUCAUGAGUCCUGGAUAGCAUCCCUCUUGGGCCUGGCGCUCAUGUGUGGCAUCGCGGUGUCCCCCUGGAGCCUGCAGCGGCUCGGGAGGAAGGUCACCAACCAGCUCAGCACGCUGCCCUGCCUGGCCGGCUGGGCGCUCCUCAUGAUGUCGAGGGAACCCUGGGAACUGCUGGCUAGCCGGGCGCUGCAGGGCUUCGGCAUGGGCCUGCAAGCGUCAGCGGCGCCCGUCUCCAUCGCGGAGUACUCCUCGCCAGCUCACCGCGGCGCCUUCCUGGCCACCAUCGCCUUCUCCUUCGCCACCGGCAUGCUCCUGGCUCACGUCUUCGGCACCCUGCUGUACUGGCGCGCCGCCGCCCUGGCCUGUGGCAGUGUCUACGCCCUGUCGUUGAUCCUGGUCACUUUCUCCCCGGAGACCCCGCCGUGGUUGGCUUCGCAAGGACAGUACGACAAGUGCAAGAAGGCCUUCCGCUGGCUCAGAGGCCGGGAUCCUAACAGCGAGAAGGAACUGGAGAUCUUGUUGAGCUCACAGAGGAAUAGACGCGAUGAAGUCCACGCUAAGGUGUCUAGAUGGAGAGCGUUUGUGACGAUUGUGAGGAAACCAGAGUUCUACAAGCCGACGCUGAUCAUGGUGUUUAUGUUCGUGCUUUUCCAGAUGUCAGGGAUGACGGUGGUUCCGUCGUACACGGUGCAGCUGAUGAAUGAGGUCAGCAACCAUACUAUAGACCCCUCUGCCAGCAUGCUGAUGGUAGACGCAGUCAGAUUCGUCACGGCCGUGGUGGCUUGCGUCGUCGUCAACAAGUUUCCUAGAAGAACCGUCCUAUUCUUCGGUUCCCUCGUCAGCGCUAUAUCCUUACUGAUAGCUGCGUUGCUCCUGUAUUUAAGGGAUCUAGGGUAUAUAAACGAGACAUACCAAUGGGUGCCUGUCAUACCGACGUUAGUCUACAUUUUCGGUAAAACCAUCGGUAUUCUACCAAUCCCGUGGGCUGUUGCCGGCGAAGUCUUCCCCUUAGCGUACAGAAGCAUGGGGAGCGGUAUUUCCGGGAUGGUUCUGUCCAUGAUGUUCUUCGUCGUAGUGAAGACAGCCCCAGCCACCUUCUCAGCCAUUGGAGUGAACGGGACGUUCUGUCUCUACGCUGUGAGCAUACUUAUCUGCGUCGGUUUCCUGUACUUCCUCCUUCCUGAGACUAAAGGGAAGACUCUGUACGAGAUAGAAUGUCACUUCAGGGGAGAGAAGCCGGCUGGUGCUGAGAAGGACAAUAUGCUGGAGCUGGAGACCCUGGAGGGCGGUUGAGGAGGGGGGAGGGGCCAACAGGGAGUGAUUUCCAGCCGCAGGAGGCUGGCCACGAUUGUAGGUAGGAGUGAACACGGUCUUGUAGUUAGGCGUUAUAGAAAACUUUGGUUUAUAGGGUCACAUUGAAUUUAAAUUUGUAGUUGCUGCACAAUCGAAUUGUUUGUGGGACUGAAAGACAUUGCGAAAUAAUUGCGUUACUCAAAAUAGACUGGGAUAUCUAAUCAUCCAAUCCAGCUCUAAGCUCGCCAAUAGUAUUGUCUAAGAUGCCACUAGACCAGCAUAUUUCUGUAAAUUGCAAUAGAUCGACUUGACUGGUAAAUGAUGCCAAGUAACCUCAUUCGUGUGAUUGGAAAAUAAAAUAUUCAAG